GCCUCUGCUCAAUCUCUGGACUUCCUGGCACUGACUGAGACUUGGAUCACUCCAGAGAACUCUGCAACUCCAGCUGCCCUGUCAUCUGCUUUUGCCUUCUCCCACUCUCCACGGCCAACCGGCAGGGGUGGUGGAACUGGCCUGCUUCUGUCGCGUUUCAUCCCGCAUCUCAGCAUGUCUCAGUGAUGUCUCGAUGUGGAUGAGUUCUCAUCACCUAAAACUCAACCCCAGCAAGACUGACCUUCUGUUCAUCCCAGGAACUACGAGCCUUCACAACAAUAUCUCCAUCUCUUUCGACAACUCACUGGUCACUCCAUCGGCAGAAGCACGAAGCCUUGGUGUAGUAAUGGAUGACCAGUUAUCAUUCUUGAGCCAUAUUGCAAGUCUGACUCGGUCAUGCAGAUUUCUCCUGAACAACAUCCGAAGAAUUCGACCGUUUCUGUCUCAGGAAGCCACUCAGGUGCUUGUGCAGUCUCUUGUCAUCUCAAGACUUGACUACUGCAACUCUCUACUGGCUGGUCUUCCACUGCGAGCCACCAAACCACUACAAUUAAUUCAGAAUGCUGCAGCACGACUCGUCUUCAAUCUUCCGAAGUUCAGUCAUGUGACUCCUUUGCUGCGUUCCCUCCACUGGCUUCCUGUUGCCGCCCGCAUCCGAUUCAAAAUCCUGACGCUGGCCUACAAGGCAAAAAACGGACCAGCUCCUUCAUACUUGAUGGCGAUGGUCAAAGCCAGAUCUGCACCAAGAGCUCUUAGAGCUUCCCGUACGGCUCGGCUCGAACCUCCAUCACUCAAAACACACAGAAAACAGACAUCCAGACUCUUCUCUGUGCUGGAGCACCAAGGUGGUGGAAUGAACUUCCACUGGAUGUCAGAACAGCAGAGUCACUCGCCGUCUUCAAACGUCGACUGAAGACACAUCUUUUUAAAGAGUUCCUAAACUA